CAGGUUGCAAAGGGCUGCCCCUAAUGUUCAGCUCAGACUGCAGGACAUGUGCGAGGCUGCAUAGGCAGAUCUUGACAACACUUUGACACCAAAUGAAAGCAUCCAAUCCCACUGAGAUUUCUUAAGGAAGAAGCAGGGAAAAGUGACAAAGCUUCGAAGUUCUUGACAGAGAAACUUUCACAGGAGAAGGAAAGACAUGACAGGAAACAGCUGGUAGGGAAUCAGUGCAACUUCCAACUUCUUGUGGACCUUCAUCCAUCUGAAACAGGAUCACCAGUGAAUCAGGCCCACGCUGCUCAUCUUGCACAGUUGCAUGUGUCAUGGCUGAACCUGCCUGGUGGAAACUGACCUUCUUGAGGAAGAAGUCUUCCGAGUCCAAGGUCCUGUAUGAGAUCCCACCUGAAUAUGGCAGUAACAACGGCAAUAAAGAACUGUCCAGCCCUUCUAUCUGCACAGAUAACAUUGACCGUCAGCUAGAUUCUAAGCUGGAGAAGAUUGUGGACAAGUCUGCCACCAAAGGCCGUCAUGUCAAAGUCUCACACUCUGGUCGUUUCAAAGAGAAAAAGCGGAUUCGAGCCACUCUUGCUGAAAAUCCCACUAUUUUCCCUGAGUACAACAGGACUGAUGAGAACCAUGUGGUAGAGAAGUAGCAUACACUCUUAUCUUUUAGAUACAAACACUCCUAUUUGUUAAUUAGCAUUAAGAGAGAAAGACACACAGGGUUAAAUAAUGCCUGAUAUGUUGCUGCAAAGCUUCCCUUUAUUUUAUGGGGACUAAUUUUGAUUAAAACAUUAGAUGAUUUCUCAAUCUUAAGAAUAUUUGAAAAGUAAUAUCUUACUAAAUAUGGUAUUUUUGGUACUUUUAAAGGGGAAUUCCACAGAAUACUUUUUUUUUAGUUAUUAUGGUGUAAACAAAGUGGUUAGAUGUGAAAUGGUGUAUUGUAGGGAAACUAAUCAAACUAGGGGUUGUGAUGUCCACAAUGCAAAUACAGCCAUUUUAUUUACUAUCCAAAACAACCAGGGAACUUACGUGCCUUGUGACUUUUUAUAUGUAAUGUUGAUUAUGGUAAAAUAGUAGUCAAAUAUGGAAAAAUGCCUUAUAAUACACUAUAUGUACAGUGCUGUGCAAAAGUCUUAGGCACCCAAGACACAUUUUCAAAAU